AUGGUGAGCAUAGACGACUUUUUCUCUAAGAAAAGCGGGGCCAAGAAACGGCUGGCGCCUCCUCCACAGCCGCUGGCACUGGCGGAACCAUCCGGCGACCCCAUUGUCAUCUCCGACUCCGACCAAGAGCCAGAAUCGAGCCAACCACCGCCGUCGAAACGGGCUAAACCCGCUGCGAAACCAGCAGCCAAACCCGCGGCCAAACCCGCAGUGAAAGCUGAAUCAUCGACUAAAGCCCUGACUAAACUGGCGGCAGACGUGCUUGCCAGCCUCCCCGAUGCUGAUUUAAGCGGAAUUAGUGUCAGCACUGCCUCAUGGCGCGAUGGGCCGUCGCUGGGCAAUUCCGGCUCAGGCGAGGUGAUUGAUAUUCCUGAGGCGGCACCUAAUUGUCUUACGGGGCUUACCAUUGUAUUUACGGGUCAGUUUACUAAGUUUGAUCGCGAACAGGCCGAGGCUACGGCACAACAAUACGGCGCUAAAGUCACGAAACUGAUUCUGGGACGAACGCUGUGUGUGGUGGUCGGUGACGAAGCGGGACCGUCGAAGAUUAAGAAGAUCAAUGAGCUUGGUACUAAGGCACUCGAUCAGGAUGGCUUUCUUCAGCUUCUAGCAGAAAUGCCUGCUGAAGGUGGUGACAGUAAAGAAGCAGUCAAAGCUCGUGAAGCUCGCGAGAAAGAAGCAGAAAAAGUUGAAGAAAUGGCGGCUGCCUUUGAUGAACUUGAAGAGCUUGAGAAUUUGACGAAAGCCCCGUCUAAACCUAGAGCUAAAUCUAAGGCUACUUCUUCCACCAAUGCAUCCUCGUCAUCAUCUUCGGGACAAUCUAAACAAGUGGAUGUACAUGAAAUCAUUGCCACCAUACCCGAUGCCGUGCUUCCUGACGUUGACCCGUCGCAGAAGCCAAACUUCUUCGCUAAAAAGGAGUCUGGUGGUGGCGGUGGCGAUGUUCCCGAGAUUCCCGAAGCCGCUCCCAAUUGUCUUACGGGGCUUACGAUAGUGUUCACCGGUACUUUGCCGACAAUGGACCGCGACACUUCCAAAGAGCUUGCUACCAAAUAUGGUGCUCGCGUCACCGGACUGAUUCUGGGAAAAACUGAUAUAGUGGUAAUUGGCGACGAGGCCGGUCCGUCAAAGAUCGAAAAGAUCAAAAAGUUGGGGAUCAAAGCCAUCGACGAAGAUGGGUUCAUCGAGCUUUUGCGUAAAAUGCCUGCUGAAGGUGGUGAUGGUGACGCAGCCAUCAAGGCAAAGCAGAAGCGUGAUGCUGAGGCUGAAGCUGCACUUGAAGAAGCCGCCAGAGACGCCGCUCAGGCCCGUCAACAGGCGGCGGUUAGCGACGUGCCGGAGUCCGCUCAGUUAUGGACAUCUAAAUACGCUCCCAGAGAUGUGAAGCUGUUGUGUGGUAACAAGGGACAAAUCAGCAAGUUGACGGAGUGGCUCUCGACGUGGUUUGAGACUAAACGGCGCGGGUUCACGUUUAAGGGCAAUCUGUUCCCCGCAGUGAUGCUCAGUGGUCCUCCUGGGGUCGGUAAGACUAGUGCCGCCCACAUUGUCGCCCGGCUGCUUGGGUAUGAUGUGGUGGAGAAGAACGCCAGUGACGUGCGGCUGAAAAAGUUGCUCAAUCUGGAGCUUAAACUGGUGUUGGAUAACACCAGUGUGGUGGGUUUUUUCCACAAACGGGCGGUGAAUGCUGGUGAAGCGCCAGCAGAAAACGUCGACAAUAAGCAGAAGUUCGUGCUUAUUAUGGACGAAGUCGAUGGUAUGUCUACUGGUGACCACGGCGGUGCCGGGGCGCUUGCAGCCUUCUGCAAGACGACGCUGAUGCCGCUCAUUCUCAUUUGCAACGACCGCUCUUUACCCAAGAUGAGAGUAUUUGAUUUUAAAGUGCUUGAUCUCCGGUUCCAGCGGCCUAAGGAGGCUGAGGUGAGGCUGAGACUCAUGAUGAUCGCCCACCGUGAGAAGAUUAAGCUUGAGCCACUGGUGAUUGCCCAAUUGUGGCAGGCUACCGGUAGUGAUAUGCGCCAGAUGAUCAAUCUUAUGCUGCACGUGCUGACGACACUGAAGCACAUUGGCCUGGGCGGGUCGAAGGAGUUAGCUCAACAGUGGAAAAAGCAGGCUCCGCUUAAGCCUUUUGACAUCACCCCGCGGUUAUUGGGCGGUCAGAUUUGGCUCCCACAACUGCAACACACGUUGAACGACAAGCUCGACUUGUUCUUUGGUGACAUGGAUUUGAUCCCCCUUAUGAUCCAAGAGAAUUAUAUCAACAAUAACAUUCUGGGGGUGGCCAAGGGGCUGAAGCAGGAGCUUUUGCGCAUUUCGGAAGCGGCCGACUCCAUCUCCCAGUCGGAUAGAGUCGGCGCCAUGGUCAGAGGCAGUGAGCCCCAGUGGUCGCUCUUGCCGUUCAUGGGGAUCAUGUCGUCGAUCGUACCGCUGUCGAAGGUGGCCGGGCUGCCUGGUGGGCGCAUCGACUUCCCCAAAUGGUUGGGCCAGUACUCGAAGACCAACAAGUUCCAGCGCAUGCUCCAAGAGCUCUACUACCACACCCGGUUGCUGACACUGACGGACAAGGUGCUGUUGCGGCUUGACUACAUGGGCGACUUCCAACAGGCGUUGCUGAAGCCAUUGCUCGCCAAAGGCGAAGAAGGCAUUGAAGAUGUCAUCGAGACUAUGGACCUGUACUACAUGACCAAAGACGACUACGACAACAUCAUGGAGUUUGGCAUUGGGCCCAGCACCAACCCUGUGGCCAAGGUGCCCACCAAGGUGAAGUCAGCGUUCACCAGGGCCUACAACGGGCGCACCCACCCCACCGCCAUCUUCAAGACGGGUAACCUGACGGCGGCAGCGACGCGGGCGCCGAAACAACGGGUGGACUUUGAUGACGUCGUCGAGGACGACACCGUCGACGACAAGCCCGAGGUAGAGGAAGACAGCGACGAAAUCGACGCGAAGAAGGACAAGUUGAUCAAACAGGUGAAGCGCAAAAAGCCUGCGGCAAAGUCGGCAACGACGGCGAAGAAGCGCAAAACUGCCAAAUAA